AUGGUGCGUGAGCUUGACAUUAAGGUGGUUUGCGUCGGGGCCGCGAACACGGGCAAGACGACGUUCCUGCGCUACUGGGAAACUGGCGAGUCCCCGCUGCGUCUCUCCACCACGAUACAGAUGGAGUUUCAUCGGCGGGAAAUGUCCAUCGUCGUACCAUCGCCGGCGUACUUUGAGCAGCGACUUCGGCGGGCGGAGGCGCUGAGCACGACGGCUGCCGCGGCUGGCAAAGAGCCUUCUGGAGAGCGACAAACACGGCACCAGGAGGAUGCGGCGGGGCGCCGCUGCAGCGGCAACGAGAGGGAUAACGUGCAUAGUUGCGCGCCCCCGCACGACUUGCGUCGCUUGUGUGCCUCAACCACGGACCAGCGCUCCACCGUCGCUGGUGGCGGGGGGUGCAGCAGCAGCAGCAGCAGCAGUGGUAGCAGGAGCUACGCGUUACUGCAGAACCCGUUUGGAAGCGCGUACGCCAUUGCGCCGCCACGACUUCCGCCGUUUUACGCGACGUCCUCUGCGCGUGGCGGGACCGCAAGCAGGCGUGGAGCUGGCGUUGCCAGCCAUGAUGUGGAGCAGGAGGGGGAAGACCAGUGGUCACUCCUCGAGGCCCCCGCCAUCGUCAAGGUGUGGGACAUACAAGGGCAGGAGAGCACCAAAAGGAUGACGCGCGUCUUCUACACAGGCGCCAGCGCCGUGCUUAUUUUUUGUGAAAUGAGCAACUCCAUAGACACCCUGACAAGCGCCUUGUCGUGGCGGAGCGAUGUGGCGCAAAAGAUCCACAUUCCCAAAGGAAAGCCGUCAACAAACCCCACGACACCGCCACCGUUCGGACGGGACACGGCGGCCAGGGGCAAAAGGAUUCCACAGCAGCAAAGCGAAGAGACCGAGAACCCGCCGUGUUGGCUUGUGAUUAACAAGUACGACCUCCUCGCGAGCCUCACAUCACCACCGACGUGGGCGUCCCACGCGGCACUCGACGAAUUGUGUGCAAGUCAUGGUUUUGCAGGUUGGUCCUAUGCGGCUGGUCGAAGGGGCGUCAACGUGGAGGCGGUGGUGCGGGCUGUCAUCGCCGCCGCAGUGGACCGCUUCCCGCAGCAGUUUUCCCGGGUGUGGGACAACGACGGCGUCGGUGCUGACCCCAGCGAGAGCGGCGGCGCCGACACGGUGGUCCUGCGCACACGAAUGCGACCGCAGCAGCGUCCGAGCGGUGGGUGUUGCAGCAAGUAG